AUGGUAUGUGGUUUGCAAGCGCUGUUUUCGGAAGUGCCUAAGCUUCGGUUACAGACUUGGUCAACGAUGCCAUGCUCUAUCAACUGGAUCCAACCGCCAAAUUCGAAGGAUCCAAGAUAUAUGGAAGGACGCGGAAAACGGAAAGGACGGUCAUUCAAAGUGAUUCCCUUACCAACAGAAGUCGACCGCACAACAGCUGCUGGCAGAAGCCAAUGGAAGGAUGUGGGCAAGAAUCAGCAAAUUCGUCGAAUGUUCAUCUCCGGCGGAGUAUCGAUGUUCGCAGAGACGAUGCGUCCAUGCCUCGAAAAGCAUCACGGCAGAGUUUUGUCAUCGUUUUCUGAAGUUGUUAACAAAAGUAUUCCUUUUUGGGACAAGUUAGCCGAAAUUGAUCGCGAAGGUUGGGCAGCCAGAGCUCGGGUCGAAAAGAAAAGUGAUCAUUACAUCUACAUUCGCAAAUUAGCCGAAAUUGAUCGCGAAGGUUGGGCAGCCAGAGCUCGGGUCGAAAAGAAGAGUGAUCAUUACAUCUACAUUCGCAAAGCUCGGGAAAAAGGCUGUGGCGAACGGGAAGUGCUGAGUUUACAACUCAGUGAUUGUGAAAGCGAUCCAGACGAACUACCUGGACAGAUCUGUGACGUCCAAUCAGUGGAACGUCAUAUGGAAAUGCUGGAACACCCAACUGAGACAGAGAAUCGUCUUUCGACACUCAGUAAUCGCAACCAGUCGCAAGCGAAUCCAUCAUCAGAAGAAGAAGUUCCUUCGCGCCAAGAGGGCAUGCCACAAUCUCAAAAGGAGGAAGGCUUUAUCACACGCCCUCGUAUCACGCCACCAUCAACUAUUGCACACAGGGCUGAUGUUCUCUAUAACUGGACUCCAGCUGAUCGCAAUCUUCGCUAUGACAAGGAAACCACAUGGCGUGGAAGGACGAUAAUUUCGAAUGAGCAGCCUCGUCGCUUUAAUCGCUGCACUGGUGAUAUGCUUCAGCUCCAGUUCACUACUAGAAAAUUAAGCCUAUCCUUUUUAGGUUUUCGUGACGCGACUCUUAUUCAAGGAAGUCAGUGGUGA